AUGACAGUUUACUCUCCAAUCCUUCUCUUCAUUGAAGUUCCGUUCCUCCUUCGAAUUUGUCCCACCUCGUCGAAAUUUGACUCGUUUAUCCGUCGAUUUACUACAAGUUUUAUGCGGGCUGCUGUAUAUGUCGCUAUGAGUGCCGGCCUGUGGGUGAGUCUUAUUAUAGGACCAUCCAGCUUGAUCUGUCCAGCGGUAUUUCUGGCCAUCGCGGCAAUCUUCUAUCUUUUGGCUGGUGUCAUGAAACAAGAGUUUACAACAAGUAAAACCCUUGGAGGCCAAGGCGUUGCGCAAAUGAUUGUCUGA